AUGAGAAACAAGGCUGACGACUUCAUAUACCAGAACCGGAAAGCCAUUUGCGAGGGCAUGUCAGCCGCGGCUGUGUACGACCAGCUGCUGAAGCCUUCCAGCGUGUGCUGGCGAGCUGGCAUGACGGCCCGGUCAUCCUUGUUUCCGCACCACUCCGAUUAUGGCACGAAGACAUCCUUGGCAGAGGAGAACACCCAGUUUGAGCGGGGAGAGCGCGAGUCAAGCCCUUUCCCGGCGUUGGUGGAGCGGCUCCAGAGCAACACCACGCUGCUGCAAAUGGCGGCAUCCGGCAACGCACGGGAAGAGGACCUAUUCAUUGAUCCCUUUCAGACGUACUGCGCGCUCAGCGGUGGGACUGAUUGCGCUAAGAUCGGCAAGGAGAGUUGCACCUGUUAUUGCGUGGAGCCUGGGACUUGCACCUCGGUCAUGGCCGCCAAGUACGGCAAGGCGGCUGUGGCCAUCCUGGCUGCUUGGAAGGGCCAAAGGGCCAAAGUCGGGAUGGGCUUUGGUUUUGGGCCUGGGUGGAUUUGA